AUGUCGGUCCAUUGGAGUUCGGAAAUUAUGAAAUGGGAGUAUAGAGAACUUCAAGCCACAGCUAUGUCUGUUGAUUAUUCGGGAAAUAAUGUGUUACUGGCGGGUCGUCGGUGGUUAGCUAUAAAACAUAUCAGUGUUGAUGACGAUUCCGGGGAUAUUGUUAAAAAGUAUCCUCGCCCCAGUAAAUAUGACGCCGCUGGCGCAGAAUGGUGUCAAACAUACCCCGGGCAGAAACUGUGUGCAAUUGCGAGUAAUCAACGAGUUGAUGUAUAUGAAUGGCGAGCUGGAAAUGAUCUAACAUGUAUAUGUUCACUUCGAGGGCAUACAAGGGUGGUCAGUGAUACACAUUUCCACAGACAGGAUCACAACAUUAUAGCAACUUGUUCUAUAGACACAUUCACAUACCUUUGGGACUUGCGGGAUUCUAGAAAGCCAAUAGUUUCACUGAGUGCUGUAGCCGGUGCAUCCCAGGUGCAGUGGAACAAAGUUUCAUCACACUUAGUAGCCACUGCGCACGACGGAGACAUAAAGAUAUGGGAUUAUCGAAAAAGUUCCUCACCCCUCCACUACAUAUCAGCUCAUCUGUGUAAGAUUCACGGCGUCGACUGGAGCCCGCACCAUGAAUAUCAGCUAGUAACCUCUAGUCACGACGGUAGCAUUAAGUACUUUGAUAUAAACAAUGCUAGGAAGGCUGAGAAUGUUAUAAUGACUAAUUUCCCUGUAUGGAGAGCUAUUUAUACGCCUUUUGGUAAUGGAUUGUUGACUAUUGGAGUGGGUUGGGGAGGUCUGCCUAGAGUGGAACAGGCCGGUGUUAUUGGUAUCUGGAUUGGAGGAACUUUGACGCAUAGGUUAGUAGGACACACGGACACUGUUCAAACUAUGGUUUGGAGACCUAACACACUUCCAUCAAACUACCAACUGGUGACCUGGGGUAGAGACCAAACGCUCAGGUUGUGGACAAUGCACCCAUCACUCCUCAAAAUGUGUUCACAUUAUUUGCCUGAUGAUUUAGAAAAUGAAGAUAUUAAUAGCGAUGUAAGUUAUGCUUCUACUAUAAGUUCAAUUAACGAUCUAUCAGUAAGUGACAACAAGGGGGAAGAAAUACAAAUGAAUAAAAUAGUACAUAAAACAACUACCUCAAUAGACGAAGAGUUCGAGUCUAUUCGUGAGAUGGCCAACAUAGAGGUCACUGACAUGAAUAUAGAGACGAGAAUAUGUCAAAUACAUUCAGAGAGAAACGGUUACACUGCCAAUUUACAAGUGACCUUCCCUAGAAAUGUUACAGAGCAAACUAUACCAAAAUUCUCAUGGUUAUCAGGUACUAAUGUAGACAGCGGUACCACUAUUAAAAUUUUACAAGCUAUCAACAGAACCGCCUAUCGAAAGAAGAAGGAGGGGCAUAGAUGCUUGUUACACUGCCUCAAGACGCUAGCGACAUCUAUAGACGAGAUACCAGUGAAGUCCAACGAGGAUUCUGAUUCGAUGAAGUCAAGUCAAAGAAGUCACUCGGAAAGUGAGAACGCCGGUGAUUCUUGCAUACCGUUCCCUAGAACGUGUGGUGCUAAGUGGUGCGGCGUCAGUACGCUGGUCGUGUUCAACCGACCUCCAAACACCAGACGACUCUCUUUGAAACCUGAGACCGGAACUCCAAGGUCCAUGUCGUCUCUGUCACUGACGCCAGGCCUAUUCACAUCCAGCUACACUUCCGUUUCCCCUCACGCGACCACCACGCCCUCACCGACGAACGCUUCAGGAUUCCCACAGCUACAUCACAGACACGCGUCCAAUUCAAUCACAACCUUCUACUUCCAAGAUCGUUGGAAGGCUCAAAGUCGUCGUGCGGGCAGCAUGCGUAGUCGCGGCAGCAUCUCAGGCUGCCUGGCGCCGCGCGUGCUGCUCUACGCUGCCAGCGACCUAUUCCCUCUCAACAGAACCCUCGCAGAGAGAUACGUCAUCAACGCUGAUAACCCUGUUGACAUGUGUGAAAAGAAUGCAAAAGUUGCGACGGAGGAGGGAGAAUUGGAGCUAGCUCAUGCGUGGGGUCUGGCGGGACUGGCUGCUCGGUCGUUAGACGCGAGGACGGUGGACCACAUAGUGUCCAGUGAAGAGAGUAUGGGGUGGACCGGACACCCGCUGUGCUGCAACCUGGUACAGGCGCUAAUAACACAUUAUGCAAAAUCAUCGGACCUGCAAACAGCGGCUAUGUUGACGUGCGCGUUCUCCGUCUUCAACGACACGAAUAUCUCGAGUUCCGUGUCUACAAUCAGCAGUUCUAGCUGUGGCAACAGUACUUCACCUUACAGUACAAUAAACCAAUACAGCGAAAUAAGCGCUGACGGCUGGACGCUACCCAUUAUACUGCGAAGUAAUUCGUGUUCUGAAGCAGAGAACUUGAACACAGAGUACAGCGGCACCAAGUCCGAGCCUUCCACAGCUUGUGUUAUAGACAAGUCAACUGCUCACUUGUACCACUGCUUCAAGAGGGCGUAUGCUGAUGUGUUGCAUAGAUGGCAGCUCUUGUACAAACGGACUGAGGUGAUGAAGCUAGUGCGCACAUACCCAGAGACAGUGAUGGGCGGUAUGGGCACUAUGAGCGGUGUGGGCGUGGUGGGCGAGGCGGCGUGGGAAUGCGCGUGGUGUGGGCGCACAGUGCGAGGCCCCGCGUGUAGUUCGUGUCGGCGGCUCAGUCUGCGGUGUGGCGUGUGCUCGCGGGGUGUGAAGGGCCUCGUGCUCGCCUGUGGACUGUGCUCACACGCCGCUCACGCACAUCACAUGCUAGCAUGGUUCUCACAACACGACACAUGCCCCACGGGAUGCGGCUGCAAAUGCGUCAUAGAAGGGAAUUCAAUAUGGAAAGGUGUCAAAUACGUCUGA